AUGUUUGAUAUACAUGGAAAUCGGUUACCACUCGCAUUAUCUACUGUGGAGCUUUUGGUAGAUAUGGACUGCCAAGGAUGUGAAAGGAAGGUUCGCAGAGCCAUUUCAAAACUUGAUGGAGUGGAUACGGUAGAGAUAGAUGUGGAUAGACAAAAAGUGACAGUCACAGGAUAUGUCGACCGAGAAGAGGUUCUCAAGAUGGUGAAACGAACGGGACGAACAGCUGAGUUUUGGCCUUUUCCUUGUAAUGGAUAUUAUGGAGACUAUUAUACGUAUCCUUCUCUAUACUUGGAACAAUCAAAUCAUCACAAGAUAAGCCAUGCAGAAAAUACGGUUUCAUACAAUGGGAAAUACGAUUUCUACGAUGAUGUCUUUCAAAAUGUAGAUCCGCCAUCAAUCAACGGUUACUACCAUCAUCGUCCGUCCCAAAAAGUCCAACCUCGUAUUGAUGAGAAUGCUCUUCAUCUUUUCAGCGAUGAUAAUGUACAUGCUUGUGCUGUCAUGUAA